GACACGUCACGUGACGCGCAGCACCAUCGCUCGAGCUCUUCACUUUUCCGCAUCUGUCAGUGGUUGUUCCCUUGCUAACUUUAGCCAUGUUUCCCUCAGUUUCUCUCGUUUGACAUUUCAUGUAGCUGCCUGUCGUCGUGUGUGACAGUCGGACGGACUGCUGUGUUGCAUGUUUAAUAUUCCUUCUGCCGAACAGCGUCACUUUUCAUUCAGGAACAAGCCGAAGAAGCAAGCUAGCCUCUCGGAGGUAGCUAACAGCUGCUUAGCUUUCAGGUGUCACUGUGAGGCUACCAACCUGACUCAAAGCUUCUAUGAGCUACGUCUGUCUGCCACGACCAGAGGAUGUAUCCGCCUUCCAGAAAGGACUUCAUCUCUCUGACCCUCAGUGAUGCUCACAGUCACUCGUACAACAAUGGAAAACACCGGAGACAGUCCUGCUGGAGGAAAUGGAAGCAGCUGUCUCGGCUGCAGCGGAGCCUCAUCCUGUUGCUGCUGGCUCUGAUACUCAUAUUUGGACUGCUCUCCUAUCCAAGCAUCCCACCGGAGUGGAAAGCUUUUUCUGACAGGGACGAGUGGCUGGAGCUAAACGACAGAGAGGUGAAGGAUGAUCUUCCAGAUGUGCUGUCUGUAUUGGAUCUACCUGCAGCUAAAGUCCCGCCUCCUGCAGCAGGGCCACAUGUGGGGCCAGCUGUGGGUCCAGAUCCUGCUGUGGUGGAGCCCAAAGGACCAAACAUACCUAUUUUUCCUAAACCUCCCAUUAAGUCCUUCCCAAACAAAAGAGGUCCACCAGGCAUGCGUAAAGAUGGAAACAUUUCAGACACAGUCGUUGAGAAAAAGCAAGUGCAGGAGGUGGUUAAAGAAGAAGAAGGAGGAGAGGAGGACAAAGAGAAGAAGAUUGUCAGCUGGAGAGGAGCAGUGAUUCAAGCAGACCAGGCCACAGAGCCCCCGCCCUCGGCAAAUGGGAAAGAAGCUGCAGCACCCCCAGCCCCAGCCGACUCUGCAGACCCUCUCCCAUUGGAUGUUUCAGGCAGAACUGAGGCCAGACUGGAGGCAGUACGUGAUGCCUUCAGGCACGCUUGGAAAGGCUACAAGGACUACGCCUGGGGUCACGAUGAGCUCAAGCCCAUCUCCAGGACUUUUGGGGAGUGGUUUGGACUGGGUUUGACAAUCAUCGAUUCUUUGGACACCAUGUGGAUUCUGGGCCUCAGAGAAGAGUUUGCAGAAGCGAGGGACUGGGUAGAGAAAGAGCUCUCCUUCGACAAGAACGUGGACGUGAAUCUUUUUGAGACGACCAUCCGGGUCCUCGGGGGCCUGCUGAGCACCUACAAUCUGACAGGAGACCAGCUCUUCCUCGACAAAGCUAAAGACAUCGGGGCGAGAUUGAUGCCUGCCUUCAAAACUCCUUCAAAGAUCCCGUUCUCAGACGUGAACAUCGGGAAGGGGACAGCCCACCCCCCCCGAUGGACGUCAGACAGCACGCUGGCCGAGGUCACCAGCAUUCAGCUGGAGUUCAGAGAGCUGAGCCGCCUCACACAGGACCCCCAGUACCAGGAGGUUGUGAAUGAGGUGAUGAAGCUGGUCCACAAGCUGCCAGGCAAACACGACGGCCUGGUUCCCAUGUUCAUCAACACCAACAGCGGCCAGUUCACCCACAAAGGGGUCUUCACUCUGGGGGCCAGGGCAGACAGCUACUAUGAAUACCUGCUCAAACAGUGGAUCCAGGGAGGCAAGACGGAAGACGACCUGCUGGAGGACUACCUUCAGGCCGUGGAGGGAGUGAAGAAACACCUGGUGAGACAGACGGGGUCCGGCAGACUGACUUUUGUUGGAGAGUUGUCCCAUACCCGCUUCAACCCUAAAAUGGACCACCUCGUGUGCUUCCUGCCAGGCACCUUAGCACUGGGGGCCCACAACGGGCUCCCGGGGGACCACAUGGACCUGGCUGUGCAGCUGAUGGAGACGUGUCAUCAGAUGUACAAACAGAUGGAGACGGGGCUGAGUCCAGAGAUCGCUCACUUCAACCUGCAGGCCUCCGAUGGCCAGGAUAUCUUCGUCAAGCCUGCAGACAGACACAACCUGCUGAGACCAGAAACAGUGGAGAGUCUGUUCUACAUGUACAGGUUCACCAAGGACACCAAGUACAGAGACUGGGGAUGGGACAUACUGGAAAGCUUCAACAACCACACUAAGGUCCCCGGUGGUGGCUACACGUCCAUCAACAACGUACGUGACAUCGAGAACCCCGCGCCCCGAGACAAGAUGGAGAGCUUCUUCCUGGGAGAGACCCUGAAGUACUUCUAUCUACUCUUCUCUGACGACAUGGAGCUGCUCAAUCUGGACAAGUAUGUCUUUAACACGGAGGCCCACGCUUUCCCCAUCUGGCCCUCCCCCCCCAAGUGAUGUCAUCGUACAGGAGGAGUCUGUAGACAUCAGGUAAAAAGAGUCCUGUAGGAGUCACUGCUGAUUGGUCAGGGCUGGACUGCAGUGCUGAGCAGACCUGCGUCCACCUGCACUAAAACAUGUGUCCAUGUGGAGGAGAUACUGAGUUGUAUUUUCCUUAUUUCUUAACUUUUCCUAAGGAGCAUUUCUGUGAGAGCUGGUCUCUAAUGUAACGCGUUUUGUUUUUGUAUCUGCUCCGACCUACUGGCUCCAACAGGUCACAUGGGCAAGAAGAUAAUGGGGAGCUUUCCUACUGGGGUGACUGGGACAGUUAUGUAUGUGUAUACACUGUAUAUGUGGGUUGUAAAACCACCGCCUCAUCCCUGUCUUUUUGUUAGUCCUACCGUCAGACAUGGUGGCUGUGAAGGAAUUCACAAAUUACUGAAGGUGCAGUAACCAAUAAUGGAAAUCUAUGGAGUAUGUUCGCUAACACUAUGUUUAAAUGGAUUCCUCUCGGAAAGGAGUAGCAGAUCAUUUCUGAAGGUCUUUACUUUGGCAACACCGAGUGCACUUGCUUAUUGCAAAAAUUACAUAAAAUAAGUUUUACAUUGUAAUACUUUGUGAGACGUAUGUCCCCUUUGUCGUGCCGUCCUGAGUGUCUAUGAGCAGCUACAGCGCAGUGUCCGGGGGCCAACAUAAGUUCUGAGGCCUGCAGGAGAGCAAAGGCAGCACUGUGUUCCUAAUGCCCGACAUGCACACUUUCAUUCAUUAAAGACGUUAUGAAGCAUUGCUAACUUGCUAUAAAUCAGUCCAUCCAAUUAUUGUAAAACAACACUUUUGUUGUGUGAGUAUGAAUGUUACUCACACCUGACUUUUUUUUGAUGGUUUUCUGAUUAUUUUAGCUUUCAGUUGUUUCGGUUUUUCAGGCUUUCUAUGUAAUGCAUUGCACUCAUUAAUUAGUUAAAGGCACACUUAGGUCUUUUUCCACCUGUUCCCUAUUUUCAUACGUUUUAGGGUCCAAGUGACUGAUGCGGAAAAAAACCUUUCUGAAAUUGGUCUAGUAUUGAGAGAGAGAGAGCGCUACCUUACACAAACAAGUGCUUUCAGUGGACCAAUAGGAUCACAGUGCAGCAUCUCUCUUAAUACUGGACCAAUUUAAAACAUCCUACUGCACAGUCACACUUCCUUGUGUUUAUUUAAAUGCAAAGUUGGUUCAUUACUGAUGUUUUAUUUUGUGUGUCAGUGACAGAGAAGUCAAUGUGUUUAAGGACCUAAAGGUGUGGUGCUGAAAGUAUCCUGAACAGAGGUCCAUUGAAAUAAUGAUUCUGAAUUGGAAUUCUACACAUAAUGACAUGUUUUAUUAAUGAAUGUAUGCAUUGUUAUUUAAGUGUUACAUUUGUUCAUAGGUAAAUGCACUCUAGCUCUACAGA